GCUGGCGCAAGGAGAAGGGCAGGGGGGUCGACGGCGCGCGGGAGGACGGCGGGGCGGUGGUCAUCAACCUCGCCUCCGCCCAGCCGCAGCACAUGGGCCGCUACACCUGCCAGAACACACAGACGGGGGAGAGGAGCUCCAUCUACGUUUACGUCAAGGAUCUGGAGAGCGCCUUCGUGCGCUCCAUGAUGAAAGGCCUGCUGGUGAGAGAGGGCGAAGACUGCACCCUGCCGUGCCUGGUGACCGACCCGGCCGUGACCCGGCUCUCGCUGCUGACCUGUAGCGGCGUCGCCCCGCCGGCCGGCCUCUCCUACAGCGCCGACCCGCAGAGGGGCGUCGUCAUCCACAACAUGACCAAAGCCUUCGAGGGGUGCUACAUGUGCACCGGGGACAUGGGCGGGGUCGGCGUGAGGUCCAGCCAGUACGACGUGGACGUGCGGUUAGUUCCAGACUCCGUCUUAGUGAUCAGUCUGUCCAGGCCUGGAAGAGUGAUCCUGAUCAAGGAGGAAAAGCUGGAGCUCGUCUGCAGCACCACCAACAUCAACCACGACUUCCACCUGACCUGGAGCUUCCCGGCCAGAGUGGUGGCUUUGGAGUCCCACACCUCUCACAUCUUGCCCGGUUCCCGUGGUUACAAGCGCACGGCAACGCUGCGCAUCAACUCCGUCAGUACAGCCGACUCCGGGACGUACCGCUGCCGAGCCCAGAACGAGAGAGGCGUCUCCACGGCGACGCUCGACCUCAGCGUGUACGAGCGCGGCUUCAUCAACGUGACGGAGGUGGAGAACGAGGCCGCCGAGGUACGCGAGGGAGAGAGCCUCGCGCUGCGGGUGGAGAUGAUCUCCUACCCCGGGCUCGCCCGUGCCCGCUGGACCUACGACGGCCGGCAGCUGAGAAACACGUCCGAGCACGUCAUCACGCUGUACGAGCAGCAGUACAGGUACGUCAGCGAGCUGAAGCUGGUCCGGGUCCACGGCUCGGAGGGCGGAGUCUACACGUUCUCGGCCGGCCACGCCUACGCCUCCGUCAACAGGUCGUUCUCCGUCCACGUCACCUGUAAACCCGUGAUCGUCUCUCAGGAGGGGCCCAUCGACGGGCAGGUGAAGUGCGUGGCGUCGGGGUACCCCGUCCCUAAAAUCUCCUGGUACUACUGCGAAGCUCCGCACACACGGUGCUCCCAGCUACCGAACGCCACCCAGGAGAGCGAGGACGCCGCCACGGUGACCCUGUCGGGGGCGGGGUUCGGGCGCACCGAGGUGGAGAGCCGGCUCAACGUCACCAGGGGGAGAUACCACACGCUGGAGUGCGUGGCGACCACGCAGGGGGAACAGGCGUACACGCUGUUUUCCAUCAGCGAGAGAACAGUCCCGCACAAACUCUUCACCCCUCUGCUGACCGGUGUGGUGUCCGCCGCCGUCGUGCUCAUGCUGUUCCUCAUCAUACUCCUCUACAAGUACAUGCAGAAACCGAAGUACGAGAUCCACUGGAAGGUGAUCGACAGUAUCCAUGGCAACAACUACACCUACAUCGACCCCACCCAGCUGCCCUACGACCCCAAAUGGGAGUUUCCGAGAGAACGACUGCGCUUCGGAAAAAUCCUGGGUGCUGGAGCCUUCGGUAAAGUGGUGGCGGCGACAGCGUACGGCCUCAGGUCGCCGGACACGGUCACCACCGUCGCCGUCAAGAUGCUUAAACCGAGCGCUCACUCCACCGAGAAGGAGGCUUUAAUGUCAGAGCUGAAGGUCCUCAGUUACCUUGGGAACCACAUGAACAUCGUCAAUCUGCUGGGCGCCUGUACGGUAGGAGGCCCCGUUUUAGUGAUCACAGAGUUCUGCUGCUACGGCGACCUGCUGAACUUCCUCAGGAGAAAGAGAGACGCCUUUUUCAGCUCCAAAACGGGAGACGGAUACUACAAAAACCUCCUGAGUCAGACCCAGCUGUUAAGGGAGGGACCAGAUCCCGGCUACAUGCCCAUGAGAUCCUACCAGCAGAGGUCGAAUCAGACAGAGUGGAGCGACGAUAAGGACAGCCUGUCCCUGGACACGGAGGACCUGCUCAGCUUCUCCUAUCAAGUGGCCAAAGGCAUGGACUUCCUCACGUCCAAAAACUGUAUCCAUAGAGAUCUGGCCGCCAGGAACGUCCUGCUGACCAAGGGUCGGGUCGCCAAGAUCUGCGACUUUGGCCUCGCCCGGGACAUCACCAAGGACUCCAACUACGUUCUCAGAGGAAAUGCUCGUCUCCCGGUGAAGUGGAUGUCCCCGGAGAGUCUGUUCUCCUGCGUGUACACCUUCGAGAGUGACGUCUGGUCCUACGGCAUCUUACUGUGGGAGAUCUUCUCUUUAGGUAACAGCCCGUAUCCCGGAGUUACGGUCGGCCCCAUGUUCUACAGGAUGAUACAGGACGGGUACAGGAUGAGCGAGCCGGAGUUCGCUCCCAGCGAAAUGUAA